GAGGUUUCUGGAGAGGCCUGGAGGGGGCAGCUGGGCCGCUGGGCUCAGGUUCGGGACCCUCUUUGUAUGCAUGUUGCCAUAGACUCUGCAGGACCUGGCAUGGUCUUCCAAGCCUUCCAGGCUGGUGACCCGGCAGUGCAGGGGUCCGACCUGGCAGGAGCCCAGGUCCUGAGGGCUUCAUGGCCGAGUCCUGGCCCCAAACCAGGGGUCCUUAAGAGACCCCUGUGCUCUGGACCCUUGAGGGAAUUGCUUGCUCAUGAGGACUCAUGAGACAACGUGGCUCUGGGAUGUGGGGGUUUCCUGGGAGGGUCCUCUCCACGCACCCCUGCCCCAGACCUCCCUGCUCAGCUUUAGCAGCCCAGGGUUCUGGGGCCUUCAGGGACCCGCUCUCCAGGCAACACCACCUGGGAGAUCAGCUUUCUCAGCCCAGAGGCCAGGUUAUUUCUGGGUGGGUUGGCAUGCUUCCUGGGGGUGAGGGGCGGGGGGGGGGCAAGGCCAGCCUGUAGUGUGUGCCCACGGAGAAGCCAAUGCCUGGUGGCUGUGGUGUGGCUCCAGGCAGGGCAGUCCCAGGGCUGUCCUUGGAACACCAGCCGGCCCGCACCUGGGUCCGUCGUGAUGCUGGGGUUAUCCUGGGAGGCAGGGACUGUGGACUGUCGUUCCGUGCCCCUUCCCCUACUGCACCUCCUGUGGAAUCCUCUCCCACAAGCUGUGUGGGCAGACGGCAGGCCGGAGUGGGAACUCGUGGGGCCAUUUCAUUCUGGGUGACUGGCACUCCAGGCUGGGUGAGGGCAGACGAUACUGCCAGGCUGUGGUCUGGAAGCUUCUUGUCCAAACGCCUCAUCUCCUUGACACAGAAGAUGGCCCUCCCCACGUGAGCGUCACGUGGAAGCCACAAGCUCCUCAGGUCCCAGAACAUGCUGUGCUCUCCCAGCCAGUGAGUCCUGGCACUGCCCCAACGGUCUGCCAGCCCUCCUUGACCCUAGUCCAGGGGGCACCACAUAUCCCGAGGGCGGCUGUCAUCUCCCGCCUCCCCACGCGCCCUCGUCUGUCUCCUGAGGACGCUGGCGGGCAUCGAACACUGGGUUUGCCUGCGUCCCCUGCCCCGCCGGUACAGCCCAGGUAGACUCAGAGACCCCGGUGCCCGUUUUUGGAGGGGACCCUGGGGUAUGCAGAAUUUGACUGUUCCUGUUUGUUGUAUAUACAUUUCCUUCCUUGGCCUUGCAUGGUCCGUUUGAUGUAUUUUAAAAAGUGUAAACCCACAGUCCCAAACAAGCUGGGACCCUGAGGCCGUCAAUCCCUCCCGUCUCCCCCAUGGCCCACAUUCUGCAUCCUGUUCCUGUUUCAUUCCUCAAGUGCAUGUAUUUUUAGCAUCUCGUCGUUACCUUGCUAUGUAGUGUCAUCUUAGGGACCUUUGAAACUUAAUGCCGGUAUGAGCAGGACCUGCCCUGCUGCCGAGGGACCCCAGGCACGGUGGUGGGGGCAUCCGGCGCCCAGGUCCAGGCAGAGGAAGAAGGUGCUCCUGGGUUUCCCAGAAAAGGACCCAAGGCCUUGGCCCCGGGGAGCCAGCGCAGGCUCUGGGGUGAGCCUCGGGGAGGCCGCGUCUGCCUUAUCGUCCAGCCGCAGCUGGCUCCCCUCGUCAAGCCGCAUUUCCCAGUGACAGCGACUGCGUGGAACACUUGGGGAGCCCUUAAAGACCAUGCUCAGACCUCUGAAGCAGGGACUCCCAGGGGCACAGCGCCUGCGGUGGGGCCGGUCCGGCAGGCUGGAUGCGGGGAGGGCCCAGAGGGGGAGCAGGCGCAGCACUGACACUCACCCAGCAAAGGUCUUGCCCUUGUGCGGCUCCUGCCUCUAGUUAGGUGUCGGCGUUAGAGGCAAAGGCAGGCCGUCCACAUGGGACCCACCAGGUUAGGGGUGUGUGGACACGCUUGCAGGAGGAAUCCAAGGAAACGGGGCGGGGGGUGGUGGUGGUGGAGCCCCAAAGAUUGUGUCUCAGGCGGUCGUGAGCUUGCACCGAAGGCCUGCUGCUGCCUCCUGGGGCGCUGGUUCACAGUAUGGCCCCAGGAGGGAGAAGCCAAGCUGGCUGGACUAGACCACUCAAGGCCUUGGGUUGCAGUCCCUGGUGACGAGGGAGACAGGUGACUUCUGGGUAGGGCGGCGCAUGAAGAUGGAAGUCUGGCCCUGGGUUCCAGCUUUACUCUUCCCCCAAACGAGCUAAGCUCCUGGAGUUUACAAAAGGGAUGCCAGCUUCAGACGUCGUGGGGGCUGGUGUGGUUUGCUCUGGUGGGAUGGAUGGAAGCCUCCCUGGCCCCCGCCUCCCCUGGAGGCUCCAGACAUUCCUGAGUUCAGGCUGCAGCCUGUGGGUCCCUCCAGGCGGAGGUGGGGUGAGCCUCUUCCCACUGGAGGAGUCGCUGAGCAAGCACACUAGGGGAGGCAAGGGGGCCUCGAGGGACACGAUGCUAGCUCUGCCCCCACUUCCCCACCCCACCUACCCUAAUGCUGCAGCCCCUGUGCUUCUCAAUUGUCUCCUCCAGCCAGGUGCCCAGCCUCCCACAGCCAGCAACUGCCCCCUUCCUCUUGGUGCAGGCUCCACUGAAGCCAAAGCGGGCCCUUGGGGGCAGAGGAGCCAGGGCAAGGCACACUCCACCUAGAUUUAGGGAGAGGCCGGGAGGACACCGCCUCCAGAGGCCCCAGGGCAAGCUUGGUGCUGGGGACUGAAGGGGCAGGCUGCUGCCAGAAUCAUAGUGUGCGUGGCCCCUGCCCAGCACGGGUCGGCCAGGAGAACGAGCCAGGGCAGAAAUGACGGCCAGGCCCAUGUUCCUGCCGGGAGCUGCUCAUCCCGGGAGGUAAUGUGAGGCGGAACCAGCCCUCCUGGCCAUGGGAGGGGCUGUGGUGGACGAGGGCCCCACGGGCGUCAAGGCCCCCGACGGCGGCUGGGGCUGGGCCGUGCUCCUGGGCUGCUUUGUUAUCACGGGCUUCUCCUACGCCUUCCCCAAGGCUGUCAGUGUCUUCUUCAAGGAGCUGAUUCGGGAGUUUGGGAUCGGCUACAGCGACACAGCCUGGAUCUCCUCCAUCCUGCUGGCCAUGCUCUACGGGACAGGCCCGCUCUGCAGCGUGUGUGUGAACCGCUUUGGCUGCCGGCCCGUCAUGCUUGUGGGCGGCCUCUUCGCGUCCCUGGGCAUGGUGGCUGCGUCCUUCUGCGGGAGCAUCAUCCAGGUCUACCUCACCGCCGGAGUCAUCACUGGGUUGGGUCUGGCGCUCAACUUCCAGCCCUCGCUGAUCAUGCUGAACCACUACUUCAGCCAGCGCCGUCCCAUGGCCAACGGGCUGGCGGCGGCGGGCAGCCCCGUCUUCCUGUGCGCCCUGAGCCCGCUGGGGCAGCUGCUGCAGGACCGCUACGGCUGGCGGGGCGGCUUCCUCAUCCUGGGCGGCCUGCUGCUCAACUGCUGCGUGUGCGCCGCGCUCAUGCGGCCGCUGGCGGCGGGGGGCUCGGGGCCGCGGCGACCCUCCCGGCGCCUGCUGGACCUGAGCGUGUUCCGGGACCGCGGCUUCGUGCUGUACGCGGCGGCGACCUCGGUCAUGGUGCUGGGGCUCUUCGUGCCGCCCGUGUUCGUGGUGAGCUACGCCAAGGAUCUGGGCGUGCCCGACACCCAGGCCGCCUUCCUCCUCACCGUCCUGGGCUUCAUCGACAUCUUCGCGCGGCCGGCCGCGGGCUUCGUGGCGGGGCUCCGGAAGGUGCGGCCCUACUCCGUCUACCUCUUCAGCUUCUCCAUAUUCUUCAACGGGCUCGCGGACCUGGCGGGCUCCACGGCGGGCGACUACGGCGGCCUGGUGGUCUUCUGCAUCUUCUUCGGCAUCUCUUACGGCAUGGUGGGGGCCCUGCAGUUCGAGGUGCUCAUGGCCAUCGUGGGCACCCACAAGUUUUCCAGCGCCAUCGGCCUGGUGCUGCUGCUGGAGGCGGUGGCCGUGCUCAUCGGGCCCCCGUCCGGAGGCAAGCUCCUGGACGCCACCCACGUCUACAAGUACGUGUUCCUGCUGGCGGGGGCCGAGGUGGUCACCUCCUCCCUGAUUUUGCUGCUGGGCAACUUACUCUGCAUCAGGAAGAAGCCCAAGGAGCCACAGCCUGAGGCAGCAGCCACGGAGGACGAGAAGCUCCACAAGCCCCCCGCAGAUGCGGGGGUGGACUCGAGGGAAGUGGAACAUUUCCUGAAGGCCGAGCCUGAGAAAAACGGGGAGGUGGUUCACACCCCAGAAACCAGUGUCUGAGUGGCUGGGAGGGGCCGGCAAGCAGCGGGAGGAGGUACGGAGGCUGGCAACGCUUGCUAUUUAUUUUACAAACAGGACUGGCUCAGGCAGGGCCACGCUGGGCUCUGGCUGCCAGCUUAGCAGAUCGUCGCCCGAUCAGCGUUUUGCAGGGGGAGGUGGCGGGGCAGGAACUGUGUCAUUCCAGAGUGGACCUGCGGUGAAGCCUCGAGGUUACAAGGCAUCCACAACAGGGGCCCUGCCUGCUGCUCCCAAAUGGCCUGCGGCCACUAUUGUGCUCAAGGACCUAGAAACCCAUGCCGCAAGAUGAGAUGACUUGAAUCCAAGGGUGGGCUGCGGACAGGCUGGUGGGGCAGGUGCUGUGUGGGGCCCUCCAGCCCAUCCUACCCUGGGUUCUCACGUGCGGCCUGUACCCACCCUUCAGUGUCUUGGGGAUAGCUUCUGCCACCCCUGGAAGGUGAAAAUAAACGUGCGUGUGGGUGGUGUGUCAGGAC